GCUACUUAUUAGAGGAAGUGAAACCAAAGAUGGGUUUAAAGCGCAAAAGUUUCAUGAAAAAUGUGAUGGCAAAGGUCCGACACUAUUACUUUUGAAAAUCCAUACGGGUGAAAUUUUGGGAGGUUACAAUCAUCAAAGUUGGAAUCAAAAAAAAAUAAAUAUUAUAAAUCUAAAAACGAAUAAGAGUUUUAUUUUUAGACUUAAUGAAAAUAAUCCUGAAAAUUCUUUAAUAGGCAAACCGGCUAGAACUAUAUUAUUAUUUAAUUUAGCAAAGGAACCAGGUCUUUUAUUUGGUCAGGAUUUAUGUUUGAAAAAGGAUUUUAAAGAUGAAAAUAAUUAUUGUAAAAAGUCAGUUUAUAAUUCAAAAAUUAGAGAUACGAGUGAAAAAUUUUCUGUAGAAGAUUAUGAAGUUUUUCAAAUAUUUGAAAGAGAAGAACAAGCAAUUAACUAA